AUGGCGAAGACAGGGGCGACCAAACAAUUCAGGAUCUGGAAGAAGUCGAGCGAUUUGAAUGCCUACAUUAGCAUCCCGGCCAGUUCUUUCCAGUUUACCCUGGUACUCUGGGCUUCCCUGGAGCAUACCAAACUUUUUGGUCGCGUGGAUCUUUUCCGGUUCCCCGACAAAUCGACUCCGAUUGGACCACUCGGUGACAGCGGGGGACCCGAAUCCGGCAAGAAGCGUGGGGUUCCUAUCGGCGUCCCCAAUAGGUAA